UUCUCUUUCCCUCCAGCCCUUCUCUAGAGUGUGUCUGCAGGAUUCGGAGCUUCUCGGGUGCUGAGAUUUGAAAGAGAACCUUCUCCACCCCCACCUUACGUGUGACAAUUCUUUUCUAUCAGAACUCGGCGUGCGUGUCUUUGCUUGGUGAAGACAAGAUGGACAGAUUCCUGGUGAAAGGGGCUGUCAGGGGCCUUACGGGAGAGAGCAAAGGAGAGCAGACCGGAGGAGGCCCAGCAGGGGUGGGAGAAGAGGAGGGAAACAGCAGGAAAAAGCCCAGGAGAGCAGCCCCGGGGAAUGGAGUCGACUCCACACGCCCCAGCUGGAGGCACAUUCGAGCCGAGGGCCUGGACUGCGAUUACACGGUCCUGUUUGGCAAAGCGGAAGCAGAUGAGAUUUUCCAAGAGCUGGAGAAAGAAGUGGAGUAUUUUACAGGUGCACUGGCCAGGGUCCAGGUGUUUGGGAAGUGGCACAACGUGCCCAGGAAGCAGGCGACUUACGGCGACAUUGGGCUGACCUACACCUUUUCAGGCCUUACUCUGUCUCCGAAGCCCUGGAUCCCCAUCCUAGAGCGCGUCCGGGAUUGUGUUUCUUUGGUGACUGGGCAGACCUUCAACUUUGUGCUUGUCAACAGGUACAAAGACGGCUGUGACCACAUCGGUGAGCACAGGGACGAGGAGCGCGAACUGGCCCCUGGGAGCCCCAUCGCCUCUGUCUCCUUCGGGGCGUGCAGAGACUUCUUUUUCCGACACAAGGAUUCCCGGGGGAAGCGCCCCUCCCGGAGGCUGGGCGUGGUCAGGCUUCAGCUGGCCCACGGAAGCUUACUCAUGAUGAACCCCCCGACCAACACCCACUGGUAUCACAGUCUCCCUGUCCGCAAGAAGGUUCUGGCUCCCCGGGUCAAUUUGACAUUUCGGAGAAUCCUGCCUGCUACCAAGUGAAAAACGUUUUUAACAGU